GGAGGAGGAGGAGGCAACGGCGGAUAUAAGUUCAGUGAAGAUUUUCUCUCGUCACACGCCACAGGGAAGUGCGACCUGGGCGGCUGCCACCUGCACAACCAGCGGACUUACUCCCCCGAGAUCCAGAAAGCGAUCGAGGGCGUCCAGUUCAUCGCUCAACACAUCAAGGACGCUGAUCGAGACAAUGAGGUGAUUCAAGACUGGAAGUACGUGGCUAUGGUGCUCGAUAGACUUUUCCUGUGGGUGUUCACCAUUGCGUGUGUGGUUGGGACUUGCGGCAUCAUUUUCCAAGCUCCUUCCCUCUACGAUACGCGGAGUCCUAUCGACCAAAUGUACUCUGAGAUCGGGACUGCUAGUUCGACGCUGUAGAAGACCGCCAAGGACAUUUAUCCUACAGACAUACUUCCUUUAAAUCUGUGUGUGCGUCUUUGUAUGUGGCGUAUGUGUAUCCGUGGAGGGAGUUUGGUGUAUGUGUAAUGUGUAAGGGAGUGUUUGUGUUUAUGUUUGUGUGCGUGAGUUAUGUGUAAAUAUGUUUUUUUUUUGUUUUGUUUUUUUCCUGUCUUCUUCAUCUCCAUGUCUAUUCGGUAUUUUACAUCGUUAAUAAUGUGAGAACUCGUCAACUGUGAGAAAGUUCAAUUAUUUUGCUUUUUGUUGUUUGCUUAAAAAAACAAAGAUGUCUAUCGUGCGAGACUAAUGACGAAUUUACGUGUAAAAAUUAGUCUUCAUUUCAAGUAUUUCUUUCCAGUCUUUACUACAAUUAUAGUAGAUUUGACUUAGUGUAGGUCGAGCUUUUUUCUUUCGAAUUCUAGAAGUUACUUGGCGAGCAGAGGAAAUUUCACUUCUGGACUCGGGAAUUUAGGCGAGAGGCAGAUUACGCAAGGCCAGGCAAGGCGUGGGAACUUCGAGGUAAAUCAUGCAAUUGUCAGACAGAUCAUGCAGUUUUAAUUAUAACUGGAUCAGCUGACAGGUCUUUGGAUCGAAACGAUAAAAUGCUUCAAAAUGUCAUGAUCAUCUGCCAGAAACUGAAAAUGAAGAAUUCGGAAAUUAUAAAAAAAUAAUCACUCUUUUUUUCUU